CAGCACCAGAGAACUUCUAAUCUUCUAUUUUAUUGUUGCAUAACACCGAUGAAUGACAAGAAGUUAUUACGAAGUAGCACGCUGAAAGAUUAUACUUAGUAUUCGCUGCGUUGAAGCUUAGGUAGUUCCGUUUGCGACAGAGGGUGGACGAUAAAAUCAAACUCAGGGAGAAGACUCUAUAUUGGCUGUAUCUUUUUUGUCGUCCUUGUAUGCGUCGUUCUUUUCCUCAAAAAUUUCGAAAAACGGGAGACUCAUCGUGUAGCUUCAGUGUCAUUAUCUAGUGCUCAGAACAAACUCGAUACACAAUUUUAAUCUAUAUCAAACGAAUUCUUACAUACACGACGUGUUCUUGUCUAAGAUCUCAGUUCUUUAAAUAAAAGAUACAGGGCGUCGGCGGUAUUCAUAUUGUAUGUUGCAACUACUUUUUCACGCGUUGUCACAUCAAGGACGAAGACACAAAGCAUCUUGAGUUUACAUAUCCUUAAGAAAGCCCUUAUACAUCACUUACAUAGUUGUAUCAACGACGACACCAACGGCGACAACGUCGUAGGUUCUUUCUUUGCAAGGGCAGCUUACUGUAGAUUUGCAAUCGCUCUUUUCGACAGUGUGUAUUUGAUUUGUAACUGUUUCAUUUUGUGCUCAGUCGACUUCUCUUUUCCAUCAGUCCUUCCCAGCAAGGAGUUCCGUCUAUAAACAGAAAACGGGCGCCAACUUGUCUAUCAUACAGAGCAAUUCCUCGUAGUUUCAGCAUACUUACUUAUCCAUAUUUUUCCUGCUAAAAUAUUAGAUGUGGCCAUGGCGACCGCUUCAGAAUUGAAGUUGGGUGGUGAGGUGCUUAUGAGUCCGCAGACAACCGUCUGUAGUACUACUAGCAGCACUACCAGUACCACUUUAGAUUCACAGGGAGUUGUUGGGGUUGGAGGAGGAGACGCAAGGUCCUUCGUUGGGGAUAGUAGUUGUCAACAACGGGGCUUUGUUGGGGAUACUACAACUGGUCACCAAGAAGUAGCAGGAGUAGGGGUAGGACAUUGUCCUCCUGCUGGUCAAGGAGUUGUUACAGCCUGUGCACAAGCACUCAACACUGGUAGCAACGGAGGAGGUAUUCUUGGUCAACAAGAAAACACCACAGCAUCUCAACACACAUUGAAUCAGGCGUCGCGGCACCUCGAUAAUCAAUCUACUGCAUCGCCUGCAUCUGAACCCGAGCGUGGCGAAUCUGGCGACGCUGAACGAGAGGAAAGUACUUACAAGUUAGACUUGAAGUUACCUACAAGUUUAUGGUUGAUGCCUGCAGUUUCGUAAAUUGUUUGCUUUUUCAUCCCCAGGUGAGAUGAUCAUUUGAAUUUCUAGAUCGCAUCACUCUUAUCAUGGCACUUCUACAAGAGACUCUUGUCUUCUAUCUUCCAAACCCUCCAACAAGGUAUGGACGAGCCAUCGAGCCGAGCUGAGCCUGGUUUAGCGCAGGCUGGUUUAACUCAGGGAUGGAGCGAGAAAAAGGGAAAAAGGACUUGGAAUCCCACGGAUUAUUCCAUGCUAAACCAACCAGCAAAAAAACACUCCGGAGGAGGGAAUAAGUUAUGUUGCUUCCAUUUGGUUGCAACUCCAGCUACUUUUUGUUUUUGCACCAGUCUAAGUUUUUGUUUUUUUAUCAUUCCACGCACUCCUUUUGGCGUUUGGCUAUUGUUAAGGGGGCUGUUUCAAAUUGUCGAUUAUGUGAUCUUUAUCUUCUAAAAAUUUGUUCGAUGUCUCCUCUCUCUCUCUCUCUAACCUUCGGCCACACGAGUAACUAUGGAGGCGGCCACACGAGUAACUAUGGGUCGAAAGACCACGGCUACCGUGGGCACAAAGACCACUAUGCCGGUGGUAAGGACAGCAACAAAGACGGCAUGUUCUCGAACAAAGGUGACGGUGGUGGCGGAGGCAAAUAUCUCGGAAAAGGAGGUGGUAAAAAGGGUGGACCACGAAAUCAUAGUUGGCAAGGCAUGCCUAGUCCCACUGGUGGCAUGAUGAACAUGGGAAAUAAUAACAUGUCAGGCUCAGGAGGCCCAAGUCCAACUGGCGGUCCAGCAAAUAACAACUCCUCAGCAAAUAACAACAACAUGCAAGGCAUGCAGAUGCCUGGAGGCGGAGAUCCUCAUAACGGAGCAAUGAGCGCCCAAGGCGGUAUGGACAUGCAAGGAAACAUGCAAGGAAAUAUGCAACAAGGCGGAGGAGGACAGGUAACCAUAACUCUCUAUAUCUUAGGCAGAACAGAAAAUACAGGUUAUUUGUCGAAUUCUCGAGACUGAUGAUUAGUGCUCGAUUUGACAAACCUACCACAUCCUUCAAAAACAAACAGCCGUGGGAGAAUCAGUGGCCUUCGAGCAGCUCACCAACGGGGUACGAUCAAGACGGCGAUCGAUCGCACCAACAGGUAUACUUAUAAAUUUGAUAUCGACUUCUACUCGAAUUUUUCUCCCUCUUUCGUUCUUUUGUGACCUCGUAUUGAUUGCUUCAAACAAACUCUUCACCCCCACUUUUUGUACCUGAAACCAAAACAACAUCUCUAUAUCUCAAUCACAACAACUUACAUCAGGGCAAUUCUUGGGGUAUGAGCAACGUGUAUCAGCAGUAUAACAGCAAUGCUUACGGUUCAUUUGCUGGAGGGUGGAACGAACAGCAAAACAACAUGUACAACACCAGUAAUAGUUCUGGAAACGUAGCAGGAUCUGGCACGACCUAUAGUCGAUACAAUAGCGGCAACGGCAUGGACGCCGGUUUGAAUAGUAGUAGUGGCUCCGUCGAUCGAACCGGUCGAGGUGCAAUUUCGCCAGCAUGGGCAGCACAAACACCGACAGAUGCCAUGGGGUCUAGUUUAGGGUCUUAUACAGCCGAUGGCAUGUGGUUUCCACCAGGCAGCUCUGCUAUGACAGCAGUCCCCUCACCGGUUACUGGGAAAGGUGCUUUUACUUAUACAGUUUCUAGUAGUUGAAGAUGAAGUUCAAUUCCUAAAUUUUGUUCAAGUUUACUCAGCACUGGAUCUCCUCUUCGAAACUCAAGCUUGAUUUUUGUCUCUUCCGCAAAUCCCAGGUGCCUUCGGCGACAAAAGUGUAGAAAUUGAUGGCGUACUAGAUGAUCGUUGCAGAUACUACAAAAGAGUAAACAUGGGGCCGCAGGGAACUCUCACAGCUGGUUGCGGACGUGGAAAUACGUGCCGAUUUAAGCACGAAGAGCCAGGGGCGGAUGAGUGCACGGUACUGAAUUAGCUCAACAAGGUCGUAAUCAAGGGUUAUGUGGCUACAACUCUUUUUACAUACAUUUUUAUUCUUGAGUUGCUGACAUUUUUGCUGACAACUUUUUACUAGAAGGUAGAAAAGUACUCCUGUAUCUACGAUGUGAAUUUGAAUUUUUCCUACAAAUGCAGUAUUCUUAUCUGUGCAGAAGUGGAAAGUUGAUCUCACGACUUCUUCGGCCACCAAAUUGCAAUUCACUUGAUUCCCCGCAACUUCUACAGGUCUACCUUCAAAUCCUCGACGAUCCCGAGCGGUUUGUUUCCUCUUCGCGGCUCGCAGCGAGUACUGUGAAUGUUUUUGACAAUGACACCUCACUUGAGGCUCAAGGCGAGAACCCACAAGGUGCGCGAAAGGUGUAUCACCGAGACCAGGGUGGGACUGUCGUGCUGGACACAACGAAGAAGCUGGGCUUGAUAGCCAAAGCUAAUGAGAAUGGCGGAGCUGGAAACGAAGGCGAAGUGACUCGAGACGACCGAACAGGAAUCAUCAGUCAAAAACAAAGGGUCCCUCCUGCGGAACAACAAGCGAUGCAACAGCCACAGCAAAUGUGGCAAAACCCGCAAAUGCCUCCUAUGGGAGGACAGCAACAAUGGAGUACUUGUUAUUUACUUUGUGAUUUUGAUCAACAUAGACUCAAUAGAUACUUUGAUUUUUAUCAUAAUUUUUAAACUCACUAUAUUUUUUCUUCUGCUAGGUCUAGGACCUUUCUAGAUUUGGGUGAUGUGAUCUGCUUUUUACCAUCUCUCUUCUCUUCUCCACUCCUCCUUCUGACCCUCCACUCAACCCAAUCAUCCUUCUUUCAGACGGCUCACCUGGGCAAAUGCAGCCGCAGAUGAUGGGAUUGUCUGGCAACGUGCAACAAUUUGGCGGAAUGAACAGUAUGCAAGGCAUGCCAGGUAUGCAACAGGGCAUGCAGCAACAGGGCAUGCAGCAACAGGGGAUGCAGCAACAGGGCAUGCAACAACAGGGCAUGCAGCAACAGGGCAUGCAGCAACAGGGUAUGGGCGGUAUGAAUAACAUGCAGCAGCAAGGCGGUAUGGGACAACAUGCUGGUAUGCAACAGCAGGGGAAUAUGCAGCAGCAAACAGGCAUGCAGCAGCAGCCAGGCAUGCAGCAGCAGCAGCAGCCAGGCAUGCAGCCACAGCAAGGCAUGCAAUCACAGCAAGGCAUGCAGCCACAGCAAGGCAUGCAGCCGCAGCAAGGCAUGCCAAACAUGGGUAUGCCAAACAACAUGCCAAACAUGCCUCAACAGAUGCCUAAUAUGCAGCAAGGAGGUAACGUGCAGGGGGGUAACAUGCAGAACAUCCCACAGCAGAAUCCAGGCAUGCAACCCAAUACGGGCAACAUGCAACAGCAACAAGGUGGCAUGCCCAACAACAUGCAACAGCCGGGCAUGCCCAACAACAUGCAGGGCAUGCCUAACAACAAUAGUAUGAUGCCAGGUGGUAUGCCAAACAACGGUAUGAUGCAGCAGAAUGGUAUGAUGAUGCCAGGACACAACAACAACAUGAUGCAGAGUAGCAACAUGAUGCAACAACAGCAACAGCCGAAUGGCAUGAUGCCUCAACAACAGCAACAGCCGAAUGGCAUGAUGUCUGGGCAUCCUAGUAGUAACAGCAUGAUAUCAGGCGGUAUUCCUCAACAACAUCCGAAUUUAGGAGGGUCGAAUCCAGCUGCUGCCCCAAAUAUGAUGCCAGUUGUUCCGCCUAAUGGGAACGCGAUGCCCAACGCGAUGCCCAUGCUGCCCUCUCCAAGUCAGCUGGGAGGGCAGACCAGUGGCAUGCUGGGAGGACAGCACAAGCCGCUCUCUGGCGUUGCGUCGUCGACGGCAUCCGUGGGCAGUGCUAGUACGACUGCGCCAGCAUUGCCGGGAACGAACUUCCCUCUGCCUGGAGGAGCACAUCCUUUGCCGCCAGGCGCUCUGGGUCCACCACCGGGAAGCACUUCAACUACCACACCAUCGACCAGGAUGAAUCCGUUGCCGCCCAACAUUCAUGCCAUGAGAGGAGGAGGUGCUGCGAAUACGAAUAGUAUGCCUUUGCCAGCGUUGCCUGGUCACGGGAAUAACACCAGUCAGCCGCAAAUGGCUGGUACUGGCAACAGCAACAAUAAUAUGACUGGACCACAGCAGAUGCAGCCUCCUCAAGGACAACCAGGUCAACCAGGUAACAACCAACGUCCACCCCAGAUGGGAGGACAAAAUCAGCAGAUGCCAGGCGGCCAAAACCAGCAACCUCCACCACAGCAGAUGGGCGGCCAACAGCAGAUGCCGCAGCAACCUCAGGUUCCUCCCAUGCAGCCAGGUCAACAAGUAGUUCAGCCUCCUACGAUGCAACCUAACUCUCAGCCGAACUCGCAGCCACAGGUGGUACCACAAACAAGUAGUACAAUUAAGGCUCAGCUUUCAAUGGUCACCAUUGAGAUUGGGGUCACUGAGAUCCCUCUUGUUGAGAGAACUCCCUCUUGAGGAAAGAUGGGGGGAAAAUGAAGGAAAAGCAAAAGGAGAGGCAUCCUCGGGCCUAUUUCUUUCAGAGUCAGUGACCAUUGAAUGCUGAGCUUUAAUACAAGCAGUCCCGGCAAAGAAGCGGAAGAAGGGUCAGAAUUGGUGAACAAAUACAUCAAUCUGAGUCAGCACAUCAAUCACGGAAGUCUGACUGUUAAACCAAACCCAAAGGGUGAAUAGAAGAAGUUGGAUCUUUACUAGGAAGAAGAAGUUGAUAGAACAAGGAUAAAAGUAGUGAAGAAUGAACCAGAGGAAGACGAGACCGGUGUGGAGAACUUAUCAAAGAAGACGUAAGAAGACGUGUUAUAUACUUAGUCUAGGAGAAGAAAUGGGAAGACGCUUUCAUCAUCAAGUAGUAGCAGGAAAGCACUUCUUGUGGCGGUGCAGGACAAUCGGAUUGCUACCUUGUUUCUGCGGAGAGUAGAGUGACGAUUGCUAUCCACCUCGGAAAAGAGACGGGAAGGAGGUUGCUGCACUAUUGCUCAAGAUAUUGCUCGAAGGACGCUGUCUUACGACGUCGCGGGGAGCCUUGAAGGUACUACUACAAUUUCAAUGGUUUUUGACUCGAUUUUUUUUUUGAAAACCACAAGAGCCAACCGCGCUGUAGAUUCUGUGAUCGUCCCAGUUUCCCACAUGAUUUUUUUCAGGUGUUGAGCAGACGCGGAUUCGAGUGUCUUUCGAGUUUCUUUCGAGUAUGAGGUUGGAAAAUUUCGAAAAAAGGAGUUUGUUUGAACAAAUGUUUAUGUGAUAUGAUUGUGUUUCAUUGCGAAGACCACGACAAUGCAGGUGGUCAUUCAACAAGAUCAAAUGGGAUAAUAGGUCAAAUUAUUACGUUAUCGUUACGUUUUAUUAUUUGCUUCUGUAGGGUAUUAUCACAUCAAAUAAGAUAGGAAUUUGUUAUUCAUCAAGAAAGUGUACUUAUAUUUAUUUAACGAGAUCAUGACUCAGAGGGUAGCUUACUAAAACUAAGGGGGCGCGCCGCGAGCGAACUUAACAUUUUUCAUGCUAUUAUACUUACUUACACUUCAACGAGCAGUCGUAUUUGAAUUUAUGAUCCUGCACGUUAACAGCGAGCCUUGUAGUCGUGUCUGUGUGCGUGCUGGUACACCGAGGGAUAUUAGUUGUGGACUUAAAUACUUUAUAAUCUAUGCAUUUGCAUCAAAACAACUUACAUGAGAUUGUUUGUUACUUAGAGGUGAGACAUCACAGAGUUAACUUUGUGGUGAUCUAUCUUCAUCCGUAGUGGUAGAUAUUUAGAGAAGGGUGGUGCAGGAGAGGCAGACGAGGGCUUGCAUUUCUUCGGUCUCUGCUGUAAAAAGAGAAGUUCCUUAAGUCUCUACUCUAAAAGAUUCUAUACGCUUUCCGUGUCUGAAAGAAAAGUUUUCACCUGUUCGUAUUCGUAGUAAGUAGUAUUCUUUCAUCAUGUCGAGGAAGGGAGCCACGACGUUGUGUAGCAGGAACUGACUUGAAGCUUUUUUAGCUUGUGCUAUAUGAGAAGAAGAAUACCAUAAGAAAAAAAAAUCAAAAAAAGUAACCCUUGUACGUACUCAGCGAUCGACCGUAGUUUCUCUUUCACCGACACAACACGCUGUGUUGUUUGUAAAUAGCUCAACAUCGCCAAGAAAACUUGUAUCAUAGAUUUGUGCUACAGUCGUGAUAGCAUAAAUUUAUUAAUCUCCUGUCACGCAGAAAUUUAUUAACCUAAGUGGAUAUUAUUGAUAUAAUUGUAGACCAAGAAUAGACUAAAAUAUAAAACAUCAAAAAAAAGGAUCUCCUUCUACUACCAUCGAGCCUCCUUAUCAUAGAACCUGUAACAGAUGAGACGUUAACCACUUAUACUAAAGUACGACCUUUGAAGCUGAUGAGAAUAUGCCUGUUAUAGCCAUGUGGGGUGACGCUACCGAGCCUCUAGUAGACUGGAUCAUCUCGCUUUCUUCUCCAGUAUUAGCCUAUUGGUAUCUAUCAGCAGGUGAAUGUUGAUGAUGUGAAGCUAAAAAACCUGAAGCAUCUUGGUGUCGCGGUGGCUGGAUAUUGUGUCAUAUAAUAGCUAGUAUCUGUCUCACCUCCUCCUGUCAAGGAGUUACCUCAUCACCUUUAUUGUACUUACUUAGUUUGGCACAAACCUGACCGUUAUGAUCUGAAUUCCAACAAAAUGAUUAUAUUUCGAAAACUUACUCAAGCUAUUUCAAGAAGAACGUGAAAGUAUCAUGGACGAUGAACGCGCAAUACUAAAGACUAGUUUUUUUUGUCAGUAAAAGAUGUGAAAACCAAAAACUCGAC